GUUCAUCAAGGGAAUUAUAUAAAUAGUGGAAAUACAUGAAUUUGUUCUGAAUGGGCCAAGUUAUUGUUGGUGACAUUCAUCUCGUGCAUUGCCUUUAGAGACCCAAAAGCGGGGGUAGGGUUGGAAGGUAGGACCUUUGCGAUUCAUUGUGAGUAAGCGGCUUCUCCUUGUCAACGGGAAUUCGCUGACAGAGCACCAGUUGUUUUCGCGGGCAGAUGUUGGCUGAAGUGGCUACCGGUUACAAUUUUAAUUUGAAUGCAAAGGAAAAUUCGAUGACACGUACUCUUAUCGCUAGUAUAAGCUGAAAUGUUUGGUAUGCGCUCGGACACCAAUCACUACAGAUAGACUCCACUAGACACCUCCACACCUCCAGCAAUGAUGGCUGUGCUCCGCUCUGGAGUGAGAGUGUUCAUCAUGCUCCUCAUUAGCAGGAUGUUAGAGAACUCGCUGCUCAGCGCUGAAGUGAAAGAGGGAGAGAUUCUGCCUCCCACCAUUCAGAAGCUGAUGAAAGGAUACAACAAGUACCUCAGGCCUUUUUUUGACAAUGGGCCAGUGACUGUGGGCAUGAGUUUGGACAUUGCCAGCAUUGACACCAUAUCAGAGAUCAACAUGGACUACACGGCCACUAUCUUCCUGCGUCAGCGCUGGACAGACGAGCGCCUGGUGUUUGAGGGUAACAAGAGCCUGAGUCUGGACGGCAGGCUGGUGGAGCUGCUCUGGGUACCAGACACCUUCAUUGUAGACUCCAAAAAGUCCUUCCUCCAUGACAUCACUGUGGAGAACAGACUGAUCAGGAUCUUCCCCAAUGGAACGGUGCUCUACGCCCUGAGGAUAACCACCACUGUGGCCUGCAACAUGGACCUGACCAAGUACCCCAUGGACAAGCAGACCUGCACUCUGCAACUGGAGAGCUGGGGCUACAACAUCAAUGAUGUGAUGUUCUACUGGACCAGAGGGAAUGAGUCGGUCAGUGGUUUGGAUACGCUGCGUCUGGCUCAGUACACAGUAGAGGACCACUACACAUCUGCGUCUGAGGCCAUCUAUGAAACAGGCCACUACCCCAAGCUGAUCUUCCACUUUGAGCUGAAGAGAAGCAUCCUGUACUUCAUCCUGGAGACGUACGUUCCCUCCAGCCUGCUGGUGGUCCUCUCCUGGGUCUCUUUUUGGAUCAGCCAGUCUUCCGUCCCCGCAAGGAUCUGUAUCGGAGUGACCACGGUUCUGACCAUGACCACGUUGAUGAUGGGUGCCAGGACGUCCCUGCCCAACGCCAACUGUUUCAUCAAAGCCAUCGACGUGUACCUGGGCAUCUGCUUCAGCUUCAUCUUUGGAGCCCUGAUCGAGUACGCCGUGGCCCACUUCUGCACCCUUAACCAUCCCGACGCCAACAUUGUCAUGUACGGUCACCAGAUGGGAGGCUUUGACGAGGAGAUGAACGGCAUGGUCACCACCAUCGCCGCUGAAAACAACAGAGCCAAGAGGCGUAAGGAGAAAGCUGCUUCAGAUGAGGCGGCCUUAGCGCCCACAGCUGAGCUGGAACUUUACCCCUCCAGCCCCACUGGCAGUGAGCCCAAGCCUGAGGCCCCUGAGGAGCCCCCCAACCGCUGCCUCAUUGUCCUGGUCCUCCUCCGCAAGGUCCUGCGCAGAGCUGCAAACUGUUGCCAUGUGGAGAAUCCCCACUUAAUAGACAAUUACUCCAGGAUGACCUUCCCCCUGUCCUUUGUAUUCGUCAACCUCCUCUAUUGGACAUACUACCUGUACUUGUAAUCACAGGGGUGUGGGAGUGUGUUUGGGUAUGUUUCUGUCUGUGAUUCAUUCAUGUGUUUUUUUUCUCAAACAAUGCACAUUUUUACAUUCAUGUCAUGAGUGAGGCAUAGUGUACAGUCAACAUCCUUAGGAGAAUAAAAUGUCCGUGCCACAUUUAUUAUACCUUAUUUAGCUCAUUACUGCUUUCAUAAUUGAUUGAUUUCCUUGUUGUUAUUUUAUUCUCACCUGCUGUUGGUCAUAGACGAGGAUCUUAAUAUGAGCCAGUUUUCUACAGCAGGAAAAUGAUCCUGCAGCAACAUGCAAUGUGAAUUAUUAUAUGGACUAUAAUUAAUGAGUUUUCUUGUAGGGGUUGAUACAUUUUUCAUUACGGCAAAUCAAGUGUGAAAUUUUAAAGUACAAAUGUCAAACUUUAGAAGCCUUUUUAAACCUUGAAUACUCUCUCUCUCUUUGUCUCUCAAAACAAUUUCAAUGUAAGUUGCUUUACUGGCAUGAGAAACAUUAUGUUUUUACAUUGCCAAAGAAAGUCAAAUGGAUAAUAAACAAAAGUGAAAUAAACAUAAGAAAUGACCAGUAAACAUUACACUCACAAAAGUUCCAAAAGAAUAGAGACAUUUCACUCUCUCUUUUUCUCUCUCUCAUCCCCCCGCUACCAUUUCCCCUCUCACUUUAUUACCAUUAUAUAUCCAGUAGCAUUGGCUCUCUCCACCACAUUAUGGAAAUUGACUCAAAGGCACCUAUAAACCAUGUUAUUUAAUUUGUCCUCAUACUAUUCUGUUUCCAGUAUGUUUUACAAGGGACACAACUGCCAGCACCUUAACUGGAAUAAUGCGGGAAUAAUGCGGGAAUAAUGCAGGAAUAAUGCAAUAGAAUGGUGUGGAUAUACAGCACCUAGUGGACGCACCGAGUAACAGUGAUAUAUGCAGUAUUGUUUCAUUGGAGCUGGUAGAUAAUAUUUUCCGCUGUGCUUUGUGAUACAUGCCAUCUUAAUCGUAACGCUAGCACCUUGUAUUAGAUGUUUUAGGAAAUUUUAAAUAGAGGUGAAACCACUACUGUAUUUUAACAGGAAGUCAUCAUCAAUCAUCGGUUCAUCAUCCAGGAAGCUUUGCAUGUUCAACUAACAUGCAAAGCUUCCUCCCUCAAUCUUUUGUCAAUGUCCUGUUGUGUAUUGUGAGUGAUGAUGAAUGUCAUAUAUAUUGUCAUAUAUAAUGUUUUCACAUAUAAGUAAUAACCAAAGGACCAAAGAAUUCAAUUUGAUUUGUAAUCCUUCAUGGUUCCCUUUAGACUUUGUUGCGUACAUUUUGAAAUGAUUCAUCCUUAGUUCCCAUUGCUGCGUGGAAAAUCCUCCAUCGAAGGUAAUAGCAUGCUAUAUCAGCAUGCAAAAGGAACACAGCAACAUUCCAUAGUCCUGUGCAGACAGACACAGUCUCACAAUCGAUGCAUGUUUGUUUAUAUCCUAAAUAUUAAGUGCAUUUUUCUGUUACAAUGCUUUCACCCAUUUCCGUAAAGCCAUUGACAAGCAGGUUGUCCAGAGCAUAGAAUAACAACAUAAUGAUUUGUUUCAUGAUUAUGAUAUUGAUCAUAGUAAUGCAUUCUCGUAAUGAAUGUGCACAAUGGAAGUUUAUAUUUGAAAUAAUUCACCAUAAUGCAGCAUUAACAUUUGUGUUAAUCUCAUUUUCGCCAUAAGGGUUUUCUUCUAGCCUUCUCUUUUUCUAAAACGCAAUCCAAUGAAUUUGCUCUGCCAAGCAUGGUCUUGUUCAGUGCAAUAGAAUGAAAUAUCAAAUACAGUAUCUUUGAUAAUGAGCUAACUAAACUACUGAUGAAAAUAGAAAAAUUGAAAAAAAAUGAUUUCGGUUUUGUUUUGCACGGUUACCAAUGAUAACUUUAUUUUGCUUUCUGUUUCUUUGGGGAAGAUAAGUGUUGAUUGUAAUGCGAUACAAAUGGAGGCUAUCUAAAAAUCUUAUAUUAUAGAGAACUGCCCUCAAUUAUACUAUCACUGCGGACCAAACUUAGAUGUUACUUACAUUGAAUGUACACUUACAUUGAACUUACUACAGUUUUGAUACAAAAUGCUUCCCUAUGUUGCUAGAGCAACUUUAUAAGAACAGUUUGAUCUUCUCUUAGAAUCUGGUCUAUGGUAAAGAAGAAAAAUGUGCACUGAACUAAUAUAUAUGUAGAUCAGUGCUAAAUCAUACAGUCUAUGUCACAUGGGCAUUGUGUUGGGUCACCUGAAUUCCCCUACGCUACUGUAGCCAGUGCCAAAACGGAGCAAAAUAAUCCACUAAAUCAAACCACUAAGGAAAUAUUCCCUUUGUUUCACGAGAAUCCCACAAAUUCCCAUUUCCAAUAACCAUUUACUGUGGAUUCGCAACAAAUGUGUUUGCUAUUUAAUAAUGUUGUCAAGUGAGCCCCUCUUUUUGGACUCGACUCAAUCUCUCCUCUCCCAAGACGUAACUACAUAAUUAGUGAUCUGUUUUUCUGCAGUGAAUGGACACAGUAUUGGACAAAUACCCGCAAUGGCAGGACACAUGAUACACAGGACACAAGUCCAGGUACUGCAAGGCCAAGCAACCAACCUGACCAAUGAGAGUGUACUAUACGACAUUCCCUCCCCUACCCACUUGCCUCUGACAGACUGAUUGGCCAACGUUGGAGAAGCCUAUUUUCCUAAAAUUUUCAAGGUGAUGUUGUGUUAUUGACAUCAAUGUUCUAGGGACAUCUUCCUGUAAAAUGUGUUCAUACUGUAACAUUUGAAUGUAGACAUUUUGUUCGCUGAAAUUGUUGUAAAUAGAUAGUUAUACUUUGCAUGUUUAUUUGAUGUUUCAAUAUUGACUAAUGUAAUAAAAUAAACUGCCUA